AUGAUUUAUUUAUUUGAACAGAUUGCUGUCUUUCCUCUCUCUUUUACAUUGGUGUCGAUAAAUACAAUCAUAUUUUUCAUUUUGAGUUUCGGGAAGGUUCCUUCGGAGUUUGUUAGUUACAAUUACGAUAAGAUUGUGAGAGAAUAUCAAAUAUGGAGAGUUGUUACGUCCACCUUCUCACAUUUUUCAAUAAUUCAUAUUCUAUUUAAUAUGGGAUCUAUGUGGUCCAUGAGGAGUGUAGAAUUAAUUGGACAGGAGCAUCCAACUGUACACACUUUUCAUUCCGUUGUAGAAUAUUUCAAGAUUACUGUUUUAUUAAUUCUAUUGUCUUUUUUGUUCAUCACGCUUGUAUACUUUUGUCUGAUCAAAUUUUUGAAAUGGGAAAAUUACAGACAAGUCAACAUUGUUGGAUAUAGUGGUGUUUUAUUUGGAAUAAUGACUUUAGAGACUUUACAACAAGGAAUUUCUUCUACAAGUUCUUCAAUGUUUGGUUUGAAUUUACCCGCAAUAAUUCGACCUUUCAUGGCACUCAUUCUAACUUCUUUAUUAUUACCUCAAGCCAGCUUUGUAGGUCAUCUGGGUGGAAUAAUUGGAGCAUUUAUCAUUUACUAUGGAAUUUUAGUUUGGAUGAUCGAUAUUGUUUUUAUUGUCUUAUUAUCCAUUUUAGUACUGAUUGUCUUGGGAAGUGUAGUCUUCACCACAUGGAGGAAUCGUAAUUCAAUUACAGUUCCAUCGUUUUUGAAACGGUAUUGGGAGAGAAUAGCUUCUGUUUUCAGACGAUCAAGUAAUCUUACUAUUCGUGGCGGGGUUAUGGAGUCUCAUCAAAUCCUGAGUGAAGACGAGGAAAGUGAUAGCAGUGAACCUCCUGUUAACAAUAGAAAUCUUGCUAACCAUUCAACGACCACUAACAACAACGUCUAG